AGCCAGUAAUAUAGAUGUGGAGAGGAAGGAUCGUGGUGCCACAGGAGUCCACACGGCAUCAGUGCGCAGUCGCCUCACCAGUCAGAGCUCUGGUCUCCAGCGCUGCCGUUACGCACAGGUUCAUCUCAUCUCCAGGCACCUGACUUACAAAGACACGUAACGCGGAUUUUCGUCCUCUUCAUGACACGAUGUGAGGCAGAUAUGUGGGCUUUUUGUUAAAGGAUAUGGUCACUGUUGAGCUGCCAAAGUGGAGCCGCGCGUAUCACGGAUCGGGGCGCUCCUGCAGGGUCUAGGAUGCGCGCCCGGAACAUCCCGAUUCUUACCCGGGUUCGGGGCUGAGCAGGAGUCCGCUGCCCCUGCUGGGCGCAGAGGCGGGAGGAGGACGCAGUCGACCCGCACCAGGAUGCCUGUGAUGAGAGGUCUGCUGGCCCCGCAGAACACUUUCCUUGAUACCAUCGCCACCCGUUUCGAUGGCACCCACAGUAACUUUGUGCUGGGGAACGCGCAGGUCCAGUCUCUGUACCCUAUCGUGUAUUGUUCUGAUGGCUUCUGUGAGCUCACUGGCUACGCUCGUGCGGAGCUGAUGCAGAAGAGCUGUGCGUGUCAUUUCCUGUAUGGGCCGGAGACCAGUGAUAGGCUGAUGGCACAAAUCCAGGGUGCACUGGACGAAAGGCGGGAGUUUAAGACAGAACUGGUCUUCUACAAGAAAGGAGGAACUCAGUUCUGGUGUCUUCUGGAUAUUGUGCCCAUUAAGAAUGAAAAGGGAGAGGUGGUGCUCUUUCUAGUAUCACACAAGGACAUAACAGACAAUAAGAAAGUCCAAGAUGAAGAACAGAGUCCAGAAAGAGACGAGGAGACGGGGCUGGAGGUGCACAAGGUCACACGACCACCGGGCUUCAAUGCCAACCGGCGCCGCAGCAGGGCUGUGCUUUACCAGCUGUCUGGACACCUGCAGAAGCAAGACAAGAGCAAACUCAAGAUCAACAACAACAUGUUCGGUGAGAAGCCGCCCAUCCCAGAGUACAAAGUGGCAGCCAUUCAGAAGAGCCGUUUCAUCCUCCUCCAUUACGGCACCUUCAAAGCUGGCUGGGAUUGGCUGAUCUUGUUAGCCACCUUUUAUGUAGCAGUUACUGUGCCCUAUAAUGUCUGUUUCACCGUCGUCGGUGGGCGGGAUGAGGUUUCAACCCCUAGAAGUCCACCGAGUGUGAGCGACAUCUUGGUAGAAAUCCUUUUCAUGUUAGAUAUUGUGUUAAAUUUUCGCACCACAUUUGUGAGCACAUCUGGCCAGGUGGUGUAUGAUGCACGCUCUAUCUGUGUGCAUUAUGUCACCACCUGGCUUUUUGUGGACCUGAUUGCUGCGCUACCUUUCGACCUGUUGUACGCCUUCAAUGUCAGUGUGUAUUUUGGGGUUCAUCUGCUGAAAACUGUUCGACUGUUACGGCUUCUACGCUUGCUGCAAAAGCUUGAGCGCUACUCCCAGUACAGCGCAGUGGUACUCACAUUACUUAUGUCCAUGUUCGCCUUGCUGGCACAUUGGAUGGCCUGUGUCUGGUAUGUCAUCGGCCGCAGUGAGAUUGAGAACAACAGCCCUGGUUCCUGGGACAUUGGCUGGUUGCAUGAGCUGGGUAAACGCCUGGGCACCCCCUAUUUUCUGUCGCCUCUUGCAUCCCUAAUUCCUGAUUCGCUACGCCCCACCAUCUUGGAUGGAUUGGUGGUCAAUUCAAGUUCAAACCAGUGGAACAGCACUGAUCUGGUGGGACAUGAGUCUGUGUGGAACUCGAGCCAAUGGAACACAACAGGAGCAGGGCCGGUGGGCACUUCAAAUACAGGACAGACUGGAGCCGUACUGGGAGGCGGGCCCUCGAUUCGCAGUUCAUAUGUGACAUCGCUGUACUUCGCUUUAAGCAGUCUGACCAGCGUGGGCUUUGGCAACGUCUCAGCCAAUACUGACUCAGAGAAGAUCUUCUCUAUUUGCACCAUGCUGAUUGGAGCACUCAUGCACGCUGCGGUCUUUGGUAAUGUGACGGCCAUUAUCCAGAGGAUGUACUCGCGCCGCUCGCUCUAUCACACUCGUACCAAAGACCUCAAAGACUUCAUCCGCGUGCACCGACUUCCUAAGGCCCUGGCGCAGCGCAUGCUGGAGUGUUUUCAGACGACAUGGUCUGUCAACAAUGGCAUCGAUGUCAGCGAGCUUCUGAAGGACUUCCCAGAUGAACUGCGGGCUGACAUUGCCAUGCACCUGAAUAAAGAGCUGCUCCAGCUGCCUCUGUUUGAGUCGGCCAGUCGAGGGUGUCUGCGCUCGCUGUCGCUCAUCAUUAAAACUUCCUUCUGUGCUCCCGGAGAGUUCCUCAUUCGCCAGGGUGACGCUCUGCAGGCCAUCUACUUUGUCUGCUCAGGCUCCAUGGAAGUGCUCAAGGACAACACUGUGCUGGCUAUACUGGGAAAGGGGGACCUGAUCGGCUCGGACUCGCUGACGAAAGAGCAGGUGAUAAAGACCAACGCAAACGUGAAAGCACUGACUUACUGCGACCUGCAGUACAUCAGCCUGAAGGGACUGCGGGAAGUGCUGCGCCUCUAUCCUGAAUACGCCCAGAAGUUUGUCAGCGAAAUCCAGCACGAUCUCACCUAUAACCUGCGGGAAGGCAGUGGAGCUGAUCUGGACUGGGAAAGCAAUGGUGGUCUGGUGAAGAAACUUCCUGCUAUCCGUGAGGAUGAGGAGAAUGAUGAGGAGCAGCACUCAGUGUCAAGGGCCCCACGUUCUCCCCUUCGCCUGACCCGAGGCCUCAGCUCCCCGCUGAGAUCGCCUCUUCUUCCCCCUCGCCCCUUCCGCCCUCCGUCAGACCACACACGACCCGCCACCCUCCAGAUCCCCGUGGUCAGUUUCAGCAGCGCUCCUCCAGAACUCAGCCCCAGGUUUGUGGAUGGCAUAGAGACAGAAAGCAAUUCCAGCUCAACACAAAGGUUUGAGUUCGGUCCCACUCUACCUCAGAGCGGUCCUCCAUCCCCUUCCCCAGUGAACCAGGAGCAGCUGGAGACCAAGCAGAGCAUCACCAAACUGAGUGAGGAGAUGACUAGUCUAUCCCAGCAAGUCUCUCAGCUGAGCAAAGAGCUACAGGAAAUGACACGCCUCCUCCGGCCCUUGCUUGUCAUUGGAUCUCAACCUCUCCUGACAGCCCUCAGUCCAACAAUGCCUCCAUCUCCCAGCAGUAGCAGCGGUCCAACAAUAUCAACGCCACCAGCUCCUUCGCACACAGCCCCAUCGUCUGCACCGCUCAGACCUACUUGCUCCAUAUUGGACAGUGCAGACACUGGGAGCUUUGGCUUGCCCAGCUGUCUCAUACCCACCAGCCCGCCGCAGAGACCCCAAGCACAGGCUCAGGCAGGCUGUUUGAGGGGACCUUCCUUGCCAGUCCUUCUUUCUCCAGGGACAUCCCAAAAGGAGGGGGAAGUCACCCAGGCAGCUUCGGCCCAGCCACCGCAAACCAGCCAUCCCACAUCCCCAUCUCUAACCUUUUCCUUCUCGCUCCCUACUUUCCGCUCCCAGUCUACUUCUUGCUCUCCCUGCCAGGGUCCUCACCGACCUGCCAGUCACAGCAGAGGUUUGCUACCUCGCCCCCCCUCACAGGAGACCCCACCUCCACCACCCUCUCAUUGCUCUGCACCACCCUCAAUCAGUAACUCCCCUGGUGACCACAGGCUGGGGAUCAGUCCGUUUCCCUCAUCCCCUUCCUCCACUUCCACUGCCCCUCGGGUUCAGCCCCGGUCGUGCACCCCUCCUUCUUGUCCACACACUUCCCCACCCUUGCCCUGCACCCUGGACUCCCUGCCAGAAACCCAGUCCUCUUUUGGCAACUCACGGCCCACGCAGAAUCCCAGGCCGGGACCUCCUCAGUUAGAGUUUGAGAUGCAAGAAUGGGCAGCAGGAGGGAGGCCUUCCACAGAGCAUAUCAGCUUCAUAGAUGAAGAGGGACCAGCACUGUGAGAGACUGAAUGAUGAAUACUAUGACUAGCUGACUUAGCAAAUAGGGGAGCUGUGAACUGGGCCUGUGAACUGCAAGUACCCCAUCACCUCUGAACCUACAUUCUGAAUGAGAGACAAAACAAAUUGCUGUUCCUUCAGGACGACACUCUUGUCAUUGGACAGCUUGUGGCUCUGCUCCAAACCCUAGUCAGCUACUUAUAAACAGCAUGUUUAGGAAUCAUAGGCACAUUGCUUAUGCUUAAGAAAAAAUACCUUGUUUUGGCUAAAUCCAUGAGCCUCAUUUAUGCCAGUAUGCCCAAAUUUGAUCUUAAAAUGUGUGCACGCUUAAAUUCAUGCCAGCAUUCAUAUUUGUAAAAAACAAUAUGAUGUAGAAAAGCAUCACAUUUCAACUUUUUAUAUUUUUAGUGUUUCAAUUUGAUCAUCUAUGAGGUCCCUUUUUAUUUAGAAUAGUCAUUUAGAUUGUAGCUGUGUAUAUGGACAGCUUAUACUAAGGCAGCUUACUAUGAUUUGGAACAGAGCUACUGUAUUCACAUGGGAGCACCUCAGUACCUGACACCAGCCAGUCACUCUCCUCUCAGCACAACUUCAUAAAGUUCCUCUUCUAAAGGCAUUAUAGGGUCUUCACAGGACUCAUAGUCGACGAAGCACGGUGACCAGAACUGCGAAGUUUACGCUGUGGUCAUAUCCUGCUAUGGAAUUUUAAUAUAACAAGUAAAAGUGCACUGAUUACCUUGCAUGACCGUGCACUAAUCAUGCACAGAAUACAGGAAAUUUCAGAUGGUGUUUCUUAUCUGUAUUACCAAAACAAUGUUUUUACUUUACAAAUUACCCACCUUGUGAGUUGAGUUUAUAUUUGAAUUUCCAGAUAUGAUAAACGAAUGAGCUGUCACAAUACAUCAUCAAUAACGCUUCAUUUGUUUCCAGUCUGUCCCAAGCCACUUAACACAAUCACUAGCCAGAAUCACAAGUUGCAUAUUUAGUCAGAAUGGGGACCUUGGGAAAUGCCUGUCCUCCACUUCUAGAAAAUGAUCUAUUUCAGUCGGUUUAUAGAUGUAUUCAUUAUAUUGAGGCAAAACAAACAUGAUUUAGAGAAAGCUAAAAGUGUAACACUUCGCUCAUAUGUGCAUAGACAAACCAGGGUCCAAAAAUAACUUUGUAUUUGGAAAUCGCUAAAAGCGUUACCAGCCAUCUGGCUGUUUCAUUUACUCGCCAAAGCCAAUUAACUCACAUUUGCACUUGGCAAGUGUUAAUUUUUGACCCUGCACACACACCAUUCAUGACAUGCUGAGCACUCUAGCAUGCAUUAGCUUAAUAAGUCAUGUUCUGUUGCCCAAGUUAAACCUUUAAACCAAAAGAAGUGAUAGCAGGCAUACUCAAGACAAUCAUCUGAAUACCAUACUUGGACCAAAAUGUUAAAACUAAAUCACUGUAACAUGUGAAACAGUAAUUAUAUUUAGCAGUCAUACUAUAGGUCGGCAUGCCAUAUGCUGAGCAGCCCAUGUAGGGUUUUGAGAGCUUGGCAUGACACUUAAUGAGCAGCCACAGAAGUUAGCAUAUUCACAACUGAAAUAAACACAUAUACACAGCUUUAGCCAUCCAGCCAGCGUGCCUUCUCAUUAAAUAUAAGCGGAAAAUCUUAUAGCGCUCCCCAUUUUUCAGCAUUCACAAUACAAAAAGAAAAAAAAAAGCUGUUGGUCGUUUCACAGUAGAGAGCACUGCACUUUUAUUUCACUGGUCUAUUUAUUUAAAGAUUUUAUGUAUUUAUCUAUCUAUCUAUCUGUUAUCCUGAUAAGAUUAGACUCCCAUGAGAAACCUGACAGAUGAUUCUUGCAGCUGGUGCCCACAGACGCAGAAACACCUCAAACUGAAUGCGAUCCUCACCAACAUGUGAUUAUGGAUUUCAGUAAGAUCACCUCAGCAUCUCUGAUAUCUGAUGACCAGCAAGAGACUGGCUGAAAACGAGCAGCCAGUGUCACUUCUUUUCACUAGUUGCCAUACAAUUUGGCACAUCUUUUGGAACCAGACUGAUAUCAUCUUGUUUUAUCAGUUGGCACGCGCGCCAUCUGUCCAUCCUGACUAACGUGUACUUGCUUGAAUACGGAAGGGGCACAUUGUUUAUAACACAAUAGAAUACUUUGGUUUCUAUUUUCUUUACCUGGGUCAGGGGGAACAAAUAUGGAUAGUAGGAACUUUGAUGGACUUUGGGGUCUGGGGUUUCCUGCAUGUCCAUUUAAUUUGCAUGAGGAAUGUGCCUGCAUAUAUGGGGGGAGGGUUUGGGCUGCACGACCCAAGGCAAACAGGGGUCCAGAUGUAUUUUAUUAACUGUAAUGAGCUUUACGAGAGACACUUACCAGGAUAAUAAAACAAAAGGUGAUGUUUUCUAAGAA